CUUAGAAUGGCUAUAUAAGAACCUAAAGAAUCGGAACACAAGGCCGGGAAGCUAUUACAACUUCCUCAGCUAUUAUUUAGCUAUAAAAACCGCAUGUGUGUAUUCUUGUUGUUUAGUGCGAUAUCAUGGCGAAAGAAUUUAGGAGCCACCGAGAAUCACUUGCCGCUUGGAACGCCCAUAAGAGCGUAGGCCGUAUCGACACCGAAUCUACCGUCCACGAGAUCCUUCGUCAAGCAUAUCUAGGAUAUCAUAUUACACGCACAGCUCCAUCUACAUGCGACUUACUAGGAUAUGCCCGGGCUGGGCAUGCUACGUCCAUUCUCCAGGUUGAAGAUGGCCUCGACGCGACUCGUGUCUAUCGUUUGCCUCCUUCUAGGAUGGAUCAGACACCGGGGAAACUUGAAGAUGUUGUGAAAUUUGCUCGUUGGAAGUACCAGUGGCAAGGCAACGAGUUUAUCGUCUAUCAGUUGAUCUACGUUAACCAGUUUCAUGAAAACACCCCCUUCCUCUUUGUGUUAAUUGCCAAUACGCCUCAAUUUAUGCGUGAUGGUCAUCAUGAAGCCACCGAUGCACUAUUGCUUGCGUCAGGUUCGUGGACAAAAGAACUCCAUGAGCAAAUUUGGGUAUACGACAACUCAGAGUGGAUUAAGAGCAAAGGGCUUUGGAAGAGCGUGCAAGAUUCUUCAUGGGACGACGUCAUUCUCGAUCCAACGAUGAAAGACAAGCUUGUUCAAGACGUCGAAGGUUUCUUCAACAGCCGGGAAAUGUAUCAAAAACUCAAAAUUCCUUGGAAGCGUGGCUUGAUUUUUCACGGUGUGCCCGGAAACGGCAAGACAAUAUCUAUCAAAGCGAUAAUCAACACACUUGCUAAACGACCACACCCAGUCCACUCUCUGUAUGUGAAGUCACUGGACGCUUGUUCCGGGCCAAAAUGGUCAAUUAAGCAGAUAUUUCGAAAGGCCCGCCGAAUGGCUCCGUGCCUUCUUAUCUUUGAGGACCUCGAUAGCCUCGUUGGCGAUAAUACCCGCAGUUACUUUCUUAAUGAGGUUGAUGGACUUGAGUCCAAUGACGGCAUCCUCAUGAUCGGCUCUACAAAUCAUAUCGAACGGUUAGAUCCAGCUGUGACAAAGCGACCUAGUCGGUUUGAUCGCAAGUACCAUUUCAAGCUCCCUAGCGAAGAUGAGCGCAUUGCCUAUUGUCGCUACUGGCGCCAAAAAUUCAGCGAAUCUGAUACUGUGGAUUUCCCUGAAGAACUGUGCCCCAUUAUUGCACAAUUAACAGAAGAAUAUAGUUUCGCAUACUUGAAAGAACUCUUUGUCACUUCACUUCUUCUACUUGCCCGAGGUGGCGUCGAAGAAUCUAGUGAGGUUAAAGACGCUGCGAAUAACUACUUUAGCAAGGAUACAACGUCCCCGCCAAGUCCUGUAGUGCCUACGGAAACUACGACCGUCAGUGGUAACGCGAAGGAGAAUGCCACGGGGAGCAGGUCUUCGGAAGAAGAGGCAAAACCUACAAAGCGGACCGUACCAGAGGUCAACAUUCCGGCAGCGCUUCAUGGCAAUAUUCUAUUAAGAAUUAUCAUACUUCAGGCCAAAUCACUUCUGGAAGAAAUGGAUCAUGGAUCUAGUAGCGUCACUCAGAAAGUGAGCGGUGCAUCUAGACCACCACGUAUUCAACUUCCGUGGACUUCGCUGCUUGAUGAAGAUGAUGAAGAUGAUGAAGAUUAGUCAAACGCUAUACAGCAAUAAAGCUACUACAUACAAUACAUUUUAGUAUUGCUAUUCCUAUUUUCUCGUGGUUGGCAUAUCACACCGCUGAUGCGUGUAAUUGGUAUCUAAGCAAGCAUAUCUAGUACCUAAUCUGCCUAAGU